AUGACCAUUCCCGAAUCCCUCCAGGGCUUUGCCACCCAGAAGCUCUUCCACAAGACGUGGGCUGGCACCUACCACUGCCGUCCGCAGGCUGUGUUCCAGCCUCGCACGAUGGCGGAAAUCAAAGAGUUGAUCCACCAGGCUAGACGCCAUGGCAAGACGAUCAUGACGGUUGGACUGGGCCAUUCGCCCAGUGAUUUGACCAUGACUAAGGAGUGGCUCUGCAAUUUGGACCACUUCAACGCCGUGGUAGAUCGCCAGGAAUUCUCUGCUGGAGGCGAGGUGAAGUUCGUGGACUUGACAGCCGAAGCUGGGUGUCGAGUAUUUGAGUUGAACCAGUACUUGAAAGACAAUCAGUUGGCGAUCCAGAACUUGGGGUCCAUCAGCGACCAAUCGCUCGCUGGGCUCAUUUCCACGGGUACCCACGGGUCCACCCAGUACCACGGAUUGGUGGCCCAGCAGGUGGUGUCCAUCACUUUCUUGGACUCCCAGGCCCGUGAAAUCACCUGCUCGUCAGUAGACAAGCCUGAGGUGUUCCGUGCAGUGCUAUUGUCGUUGGGCAAGAUCGGUAUCAUUACCCACGUCACGCUUCGGACCUGUCCCAGCUACACAAUCAAGUCCAAGCAGGAGAUCAUCAGCUUCGACACCCUCACCAAAAACUGGGACAACAUCUGGUUGGACUCCGAGUUCAUCCGGAUCUGGUGGUUCCCCUACACCAAUCGGUGCGUGUGCUGGAGAGCAUCCAAGUCCGACGAGCCGUUGAGCGCUCCCAGACCCAGUUGGUACGGCACUGCGUUCGGACGGUUUUUCUACGAGUCCCUCUUGUGGAUCUCCGUCAAGGUGUGGCCAGGCUUGACGCCCUACAUCGAGCGUUUUGUCUUCAACCAGCAGUACGGAAACGUGGAGACCUUGGGCAAGGGUGAUAUUGCCGUCCAGCACUCGGUGGACGGCUUGAACAUGGACUGCUUGUUCUCGCAGUUUGUCAACGAAUGGUCGGCUCCUUUGGUCAAUGGGGUCCAGAUCUUGCACGAGUUGCGGGACCAUAUCGAAACAGCAGCCGCAAACGGCGAUUUCUACGUGCACGCUCCUAUCGAAGUCAGAUGCUCCAAUGCCACCAACUCCGACACAGCGUUCAUCAGCGACGAGACUGGCGAACCAUCGUUGUACCCACCCACUUCGUGGUUGGAGAAAAGAAACAGAUUGAGUGCUGGCCCCAUUCCCGGUAACAAUUUCCGAGCCUACUUGGAUAAUUCGCCUGUGCUUCCCUACGCUGGCGAAGGUGCUCCCGUUACCAACGACCAGUUGACGUUGUUCAUCAACGCUACCAUGUACAGGCCAUUCCAUACCAACGUGCCCACCCACCAGUGGUACCAGAAUUUCGAGGACGUGAUGUCGCGUGCAGGAGGAAAGCCCCACUGGGCCAAGAACUUCAUUGGCGUUGAUGGCGACCACAGAACUCCAGAAAGCUUAGAUGCUCAGUUGGAGUUCGGGGGCAAGCAAUUCUACUCCAUGCUUGGCUUCAACCCGGUGAUGAAGAAGUGGUUCGGUGAGAAUUUGGUCAAGUACAACAAGGUUAGAAAGGAAACCGACCCAGAGGGAGUGUUCCUUAGUGGUAAGGCGUGGGCCGAGAGAAACGGAAUUUUACUCGACUAA